AUGGAAAAACACGAAAGUGAAGGAAACACCCAACCUCCUCCCACGGCGACAAUGCCCCCGCCAUCGGGACCGCCACACGGGAUGCCUCCGGGAUCCCAAAGAGCGGAUUCCAUCUCAAUGUACACAAAUUUCAACGCACCGCGGCUCUCUACGGACACGUCGUUGUCGUCUUUUCUCAACAUAGCAGAGAGCCAGCACCAAUUGCCACAUGGCGCGCAACCCCCACCCCACAAUCAGCAAGCUCACCAGCAACAGCAGGCAGCACAACAACAACAACAACAACAACAACAGCUGCCGCACCAGCAACAACAACAGCAACAAUCCGGACGUGUACAAGAUUUGGGCCCGUAUUCCAGAGGUUAUUCGAUCAUUAACAACUUCUGGGCUACUCCGCAGGCUCAGCCUGGGUUGCCAGGUGUAGGGCCUGGCACAGCGGGCAUACCGGAUGCUGGCCAGUUCACCACCAUGCGGAGACAAAGCGAGCAACUCGAACCCUUCAUGCCUCGAUUCAAGACUCCCAGCUUCUCGUCCGGGCGUUCCGGAUCCAACCAGCUACAGCAGCCCAUCCCGCCCCCGGGUGGUGCGCGGGGCGACACUUUGUCAAGCUCCAAGCGGGGUUCUAUAUUCUAUUCAGGGACGGAUGCGCCUGAUUUAGAUUUUUUGAAUCCAAGUGGAAAGCGCGACUCAACUGUGAUGAUGAGACCGCCGCACGUAUUACCACAGCGUGGUAACUCGGCCUCAAACAUUGCCUCACUUCCGGGACCUAUGAUCAAUCCUGUCUCCCAGUCAGGCACUGGUGCGGCUCAAGAACCGGAUCUAGAUGCGCUUUUCGCGCAAGGGCUGUCUUCGAGAAAGAACUCUAUGAAAUUUUCUGCCGAUGAUUUCGAUUUCCAACUCAAAAGACGUAAUUCGUCGGUGCGGGGCACGUUAGAAAAUGCCUCCAAUUAUCUACCGAUGCUCAAACAUGCCGCGGAUAGCAUGAAGAAGGAUUCUGGCUCCGUGUCUCCAAUCCAUAGACAAGAAGAUGACGUUGAAGCUCGCAUUCAUAAGCAUCUCACACCAGUCUUACAAGAAGCAGGACGCGAGUCCGCGGAUGGCACCUCGAGUCUCAAACACGAUGCAAAGAAAAGGAGGAAAAAUCCAAUUUCAAAAGCAGAGGGCGAACUUAAACAAGAGGCCAUGAAAGACAUGGUCGGACUUUUCGAGUCCAAGGAUCCAAUUUUAAUAGCAGAUGAUGGUCGUCCUUUGUUGGGGGCAACAAAAGUGGACCAACUCAUGCUAGUUAUCCAGGCACGCAAGAAGGGAGUAACAGACAGAGUACUCAGAGGAGCAGAUGGCUCUUUACUGUUGGACAGUGCACCAUCUAUCAUUCCUCCUGCUAGCGAACUUGUGGGCGGUGUGGAAAAACCCAAAGCAAGAGGCGCUAAGCAGCACGAGUGUCCUUAUUGCCACAAAUGUUUUACACAAUCUACUCAUUUGGAAGUUCAUGUUAGGUCUCACAUCGGCUACAAGCCGUUCCAGUGCGACUACUGUGGUAAGCGGUUUACCCAGGGAGGGAAUUUGAGGACUCAUGUAAGACUACACACCGGCGAAAAGCCCUAUGAAUGUGACAAGUGUGGGCGGCGAUUUUCGCGCAAGGGCAAUUUGGCUGCCCAUAAACUCACGCAUGAGAAUUUGAAACCUUUCCAUUGCAAGUUGGACGGGUGCAACAAAAGCUUUACCCAACUAGGCAACAUGAAAGCGCAUCAGAACAGAUUCCAUUUGCAAACGUUGAACGAAUUAACACAGCGAUUGGCCGAGAUGGAUGCUAAUGAAAAGAUACCACCAGAAGAGAGAGAAUUACUCGACUAUUUUGCAGACAUUUACAAAAACUCUAAUCGUGGCAUCAGAGGACGCGGGAAAGGUAACACUAGAAUAGCCACAGGAGAGCCUGCUUUAAUGAAAUCAAGUCAGAAUUCACCUUCGACGCCUGGUCUGCCUGUUGGUCCACCAAGCCACGAGGCCGCUCUUGUAGCUGCAAAGGCUUUGAACCCGGCCAAGAAUCUUGGAAAUGGUUCUCAUUCAGAUCAUCUCAGCUACAACUUAUGCACACCUACUAAUGAUGGAAGUGGCUCAAAUGCGAGUGAGGCAGCGUCCGACCCAACCGUGGCGUCCGCUCAUGUGCCUGAUACCAACGAGUUCACUUUCCCACUGGACCAAAAUAACAACCCUGCAUUUCACAACACGUCCCAUAACCCGAAUGAUUUGCCUUUUAAGAACGUUUCAUAUCCACAAUAG